AUGGCCGAGGCCCAUAGCAAUGCCACCCGACAAGAGAAACCAGGGCAGAUAUUGUCAUUUCCACAAGAAUUAGGGGUACGAUACAGAAGAGUGCCUGCAGCUAAAGGAGGAGAUCGAGUGUCUCCUGAGACGAGAGCUCUUGGGCAAAUAUGUGAGGACAACUGGGAUAAACAAAAAGUGGAGGACUGCCCCCCACCCAGGGCGAGAAAUAUCACUUUUAACGAGGAGGAUUUGGUAGGCGUAGCACACCCCCAUGAUGAUGCUUUGGUGAUAGUAGGCGACAUAGCUGAUUUCGACAUCAAGAGGGUGUUGGUUGAUGGAGGAAGCGCUACAAAUGUACUUACACUGGAUGCUUUUUUGGGCUUAAAGACCUCUCAUAACAAGUUGAAAACAGUAAACACCCCAUUACAAGGCUUUGGAGGGGUCACGGUAAUUCUGGAAGGGACUAUGGAACUCCCUGUCACGCUCAGCACAUAUCCAACUGCUGUAGUAAUUGUGACAAGCUUUUUAAUUGUAAAAACUCCCAUGGCCUAUAAUGCGAUCUACGGUCGGCCAUUGCUGAAUGCAGAUGGAGCCAUCCCCUCAACCUACCACCAGGUCAUGAAAUUCCCAACCAGCUGGGGAAUCGGGUGUGUACGAGGGGACCAACAAGCAUCCAGAAAAUGUUAUGUCGAUAGUAUAUCAGUCAAGGGAACACCAUCGAUCAUGAUGUUGGAGAUUGAACCUCCGAAGGGGUGCUUGACAGAUAACCUAGAUGUUUUCGCAUGGAGCCCGAACGACAUUACUAGGAUCAGCCCAGCCAUCGUUCAGUAUCGCCUCGGUGUCCUCCCUGGAGCUAAAUUAGUGAAGCAGAAGAAAAGAAAGCUCGCUUUUGAAAGGCAGGAAGUAGUAAAAGCAGAGGUGAAAAAGCUACUACAAGCUGAUUUCAUUCAGGAAGUACAGUAUCCCAAGUGGCUGGCCAAGAUUGUGCUAGUAAAGAAGUCUAACGAGAAAUGGUGCAUGUGUGUAGAUUAUACCGGGCUAAAUAAAGCAUGCCCGAAAGACUCAUACCCACGCUCAGCUUUCUAG